AUGACGGAAAUGCGUCUCUUGCGGCAGCAGCUGAAGCAGCAGCAGGAACUGCUGCAGCAGCAGCAGCAGCGGGAGAUACUCGCCCGAGCCUACAGCUGGCCAAACAGAAGUAACGGCAACAGCAGCAGCAGCAGCAGUACCGGCACUCGGGGGAAGACACCGGGGCGCGCAUGGAAGCAGCAGUUGCAGCUUCAGCACGAACGGGAGGUGCUGCAGAGGCUGCAGCAGCAGCAGCUCCAGAAACAGCAGCAAAGACAGGAGGAGCAGCAGCAGCAACUCCAGCAGCAGCAGCAGCAAGCGGCUCCGCAGCUUUCCCAUACGACAAUAGGACCCGAGGCAAAUGCGGAAACUCGCUCAGCCAAUAGCAUUAGUCGGAAACAUGAGCAGAAGCAGCAGCAACAGCAGGAAAGGCAGCAGCAGCAGGAAAGGCUGCAGCAGCAGCAAGAAGACCAACUGCUACAAAAACAGGACAGUGCAACGAAUCAGCCACCUUCAUCUGCUGCGGGGGCCAAGGCGAGCCCAGAAACUGCGGCCCUUCCGCUGCAGCAGCGGCAACAGCAACAACAGCAGCAGCAACAGCAGCAACAACAACAACAGCAGGAACAGCAGCAGCAGCGAGGAACAAGUACUCACGAGCAGCUCCUGCAGAUGCACCAUCAGGAGCUGUUUGAGUUGCGCCAGCAGGAACAGAAGCACCAGCAAAUGCUUCUGGAGUUGCAGCAGCAGUUGCAGCAGCAGCAACGACAACAGCACCAGCAACAGCAGCAGAAUCUGCAACUGCAGCAGCUGCUCGAGCGCACUCAACAACUGCAGCCAGGAGAAAAAGGCAGAGCUCCUUCAACUCCAGCUAAACGGCAGCCGCUGCGCAGAUCGCUACAGCAGCAGCAACAGCAGCAACAGCAGCAACAGCAGCAACAGCAGCAGGGGCAAGAUGGGUCUCCACAAGCGCCUCAGCGUCAGCAAAGUCAAACCGUGCAGCAGCAGACUCAGACAGAAAUGACACUGUCAGCUGCUGCUGCUGGCGACGCUGCUGCUGUUCUGUAUCCUUCGAGGUCUCUCGAGUACUCCUAUGCCGCUGCUUCUGCUGCUGCUGAUGGAGUGCAUAGACGCAGCAGCCUGACCCGCUCCAGCAGAUCCUUUUCCGAGGGAGAGUGGCGCUGCCGCUCUCGCGGGGGCUCCUUUGCUGCAGCAACAGCAGCAAGUGCGCGUUUGCUACCGCAGCAGCAGCAGCAGACGGUGCUGUCACUGCAGUCCAGUGCGAGACUCAGGGAGGCAGAGGGGGCCCACACGCUAACAAUCCAAACCCAAGACUCCGCAGCAGCAGCAGCGGCAGCAGGAGCAGCAGCGGCCCCGCUAAGAAGCCUUUCUUCAGGACAGGUUGGAAGCAUCGCGUGGUCAGAAGGAGAGUGGAGGGAAACGGCAUCAGUUGGGCACCCUAUGCAGCAGUUCUUCACGUGUUCACAGCUGCAGCAGCAGCAGCAGCAGCAGCACGAGCAGCAGCAGUUGUACGCACAGCUCAGCACCGUCGCACAGAGCUUUGCGGGUGUCAACAAAAGCAGCAACAGCUGCACCAGUGGUCAUCAACAGCUUCCUCUAGCCCAUUCGGGCAGCGGCGACGCUGUCCAGUACUCUUUGUACCAGCAGCAGCAGCAGCUGCUGCAGCAGCAGCAGCAGAUGCAGCGUCGGCAGACGAUACAACAAGCGAUGUCUGGUGCUUCACCGGAUGCAGGCGCUAGCACUCCCCUGCUGCUGCAGCUUCGGAAGCUACACGGCGGCUCCAGAAUAAAUUUGGACAGGCAGCAGCAGCAGCAGCAACAGCAGCCGCAGCAGCCUUUGCAGGGGGAAAUUGACUGGGUUGCUACACCGGCAGGAGGGGGGCUUAGAGAACUGCAGGAGCAGCGUGUCGCUGCUUUGUUGCAGCAGCAGUUGCAGCAGCAACACCAGCAUCAACAGCAGCAACGGCAGCAGCAACAGGGGGGACAGGGCACACGCAACAGCAUGACGCAGCAGCAGCGAGGCAGUCCGAGCUGGGGCGAGGCAGCAGCAGCUAGGAUGAGACGAGCUGAAGAACGUAGUCCCAGGAGCCCCUCCACCCAGCAGCAGCAGCAGCAGAAACCGCAGCAGCAGCAGCUGGUGCAGCAUCAGCUGUUAAAAAAAGGGCGCGAGACGCCGCUGCUGCCUGCGAGCCACAGGCAGCUAACCCGUCCGUGCAGCGACACUGCGUUGCCCCCGCAGCGACAGCAGCAACAGCAGCUGCAACAGCAGCACAGGCAUUCCUCAGCCAACUUCUCAGGCUUCCGUCCUGCUUCCGUUCGGAAGCAAAAGCCAAGCAGGAGCCCACUUCCUGCUCCAAGUGCUGCUAUUGCUGCUGCUGCUGCUGCCGGCGGUCGGCCCAUUUCAGCUGAAAGUCCUGUUCGUGCAGCAGGCGCUGUCGCUGAGCGUUCGCCAGCAGCAGCAGCAGCACACAGGAACUCGCGCCUGUCGCUCCAGGGGAGCAGGCCUUUUGAGCAGCAGCAGAAGGAGCGGGAGCAGCAGCAGCAGCAACAACAGCAGCAGCUUUACGCGGAGCCACCGGGACAGCCUCUAAAUCACGUUAUAAGGCCGAGCAACAAACAAGUGACACAGGGAGGGCAGCAGACACUCCGCAGUGCGGCUUCCACAGCAGCCGCACCAACGACAGCAGCAGCAGCAGCAGCUCUGCAGCAACGAGAGACGCCGCAGCAUAGCAGGAUAGCAAGACCCAGGCACCUUCCUUCCCCGAGGUACGAACAGCAGCAGCAGCGGCAGCAGCAGCAGCUGCAGCUGCAGCCUGCACACGUAGUUGCGCAGCUGCAGCCCAAAGUCCUACGCGGCGCCUCUGGCUCUUUUCAAAGUCUUCGCUCGCCACCUGUGUGGAGAGGCGACGUUCAGGCGCAGCAGCCGCUGCAGCAGCAGCAGCUGCUGCUGCUGCAGUGGCGACAGCAACAGCAACAAACAAUAGCCAGGCCAGAAACAUCACUGAUAGCUUCAGGGAGGGGCCAGAAAGUGCAGCAGCAGCUGCCGCUGAAGCAGCAGAUGCCGCUGCGGCAACAGCUGCUGCUGGAGCAACCGCAGCGAGGUUCAGGCACACCGCAUAAUCCAUAUUUGCAAACAUCGAGAACUUCUUCUGCUGUGCAGCAGCAGCAGCAGCAACAACACUUGCACGUCAUACCGCGAAGGACCCAUCCAGGGCCUGAGCUGCAACAAGCUCAGCAGCAGCAGCAGCAGCGCAGUCUGAGAAUAAGAGCAGCAGCAGCAGCUGCUGCUGCUGCCGCUGCAGCAAGACUCAUGCGACGCUCCUCAGUGGAGGCUAGGCACCCCACAGGUGCAGGUGCAACAGAAUCCGCAGCAUCGCCGCCGCAGCAGCUGCAGCGUAACAGAGCGGAAGGAAGAGAAGCUGCUGCAGAUCUGGGAAGGGGGAGCGCAGCGUUUCAAACGGUGCCACCAGCAGCAGCUGUAGCAGCAGCACCAGCAGCUGCCGCUACUGCAGCCGCAGCAACAACAGCAGUAACAGCAGCUGGCGCGACUGCAACCGCAGCAGCAGCCGCAGUAGCAGCAGCUGCCGCAACUGCAAGUGCUGCAGCUGCAGCAACAGCGACAGCAUCCCUACACAGCGAGGCCCAUGGGGGCAAACGUGUCAUCGGAGGAGAAACAACUGCAAGCGUCGCUGCUGCUGCUGUCAGCAGAUCUCCCGCAGCAGCAGCAGCAGCAGCAGUGGCGUUGCGUAGCCGUGUCUCUGCUGCAGCACUUUGCAAAGGAGGCUCCCUGCAGUUGGUAUGUCUUGCUGCUGCGGCACAUGUUGCCUUCAGUGCUGCUCGGGCUGCUGCAGCUGCUGCUAUUGCUGCUGCUCAUUCUGCUGCUGCUGCACCGGGGCUCCUGGCCGCCGCUUUUGUGGGGUGCUGCAGGGCGGACGUGAGGUGUACAGACAGCCUGUGGCAAAAGGGAUGGCAACUUGUGGAUGAGGCCUCUCUGCUGCUAGACGAUUUUCUGGGGGCACUGCAGCAGCAGCAACGGAAACAGCAGCAGAAGCAGCAGCACGUCGCCCCUCCGACGCGCGCAGUCGGUGCUCUCCCAGAGAGGGCUCCCCGUAGCUCUUCUUCAGAUGCUGCGGAUGCUUCAGAGCAAGCAGCAGCUGCAGCAGCUGCUGCAGCUGCAGCAGCGGACGCCGCAGCAGCAGCUUUUGAGAACUGGCAGGUUGACACCUUGCUGCUGGUGCAGCAACUAGCGCUGCUGCCGGAUGGUUCUCCCCUUCGAGCUUUGCUGCAGCAGCUGCUGCAAGGCGCGCGUCGCAUGCGUUGCGCCGUGGCCACGGCACCUGCAGCAGCAGCAGCAGCAUCUAUUGCUGCUGCUGCUGCGGGACCAGCAACAGAUGCAUCCGACGCACCAGAGGAAGGAACCCGUGCAGAGGAGGCUCGGCAGCAGCAGCAGCAGCAGCAGCGGCAUGCGUUGCUGCGGCUGUAUGUGCAGCAGCUCGCACUCAUCAGAGCGCUGACUGCUUUGGUGCUGCAGCUUGGCUGGAGCGUGUUCAUGCACGAGGAGCAGCAGCAGCAGCAGCAACAGCAGCAGCAGCUGCUUACACGAAAGGAGAGGCGGCAGCAAGCGAAGAUGCAUGCGCUUUCAGUGGCCUGGAGAGAAAGAUGGAUCAGCCAAGACUUCCUGAUGGAGUUGUUGCUCUUCUGCCGCCACCUGCAGCAGCAGCAGUUGUGUUUGCUGCAGCAGGAGGAGGAGCAGCAGCAGGAGCUGCAGCAGGAGAGAAAGUGGCAAGAAGGGAACCUCGCCAGCUGCACUGCUGCACACUCGCAGUGCAGCGCUUCAGCGGCAGCAGAAGCAGCAGCGGCCACAACAGCAACCGCAGCAGCAGCAGCUGUUGAUGUCCCCCGAUCUUUGCUGUACACUGGCGCUCCCCUCGCAAGUAUAUGCUCGUCUCCUCUGUGGGCAUCAACACGGGCGAGCAGCAGCAGCAGCAGCAGCAGCAGCAGCGGUAGCAGCAGCAGCAGCAGCGACCUUGCACGUCCUCUUUUUCACGGCGGCGCCACAGUAAAUAUGCGCGUAUCGGGAGCAGCAACGACAGCAGCAGCAGCACCCACAGCAACAGCAGCAGCGGCAGCUCCCACAGCAGCAGCAGCAGCAGCAGCAGCGCCAGCAGAAGCGCCAAACAACGAUGAGCGGUUUGGUCUGCAAAGCAAAGGAGGCCCCACGGCAGCAAGCCAGCUAUUACGUUCAGCAGCAGCAGCACCUGCUGCUGCUGCUGCUACUGCUGCUGCUGCUGCUGGUUCUGCUUCUGCGGAAACUGCUGCUGCUAACGGCCUCUCGGCGCCUCCCCGUGACCUGCUGGCUGCUGCUGAUGCUGAAGUUGUCUGUGCACUGCUCCAGCUGUGGUGCUGCUGCCUGGGCGAAAAGCAGCACUGUCCCAUCUCUCUGCUGCUGCGGGCUGUCUCUGCAUGCAGCAGCAGAAGCAGUGUGGGUUUGCUGCUUGACUUAACGCAGCACCCUACCGCCAGCUGCAGACACAAGGCUCUGCUGUUGCUGCAGCUGCUGCUGCUGCAUUCGUCUGCCCCCCUCAGACGCCAAAUUUCCGCUGUUGCCAUUCGCGUUGGUAUGGUGUUGCCGCUGCUGCUGCGGCUGUUGCUGCUGCUGCAGCCGCCUGCGGAGCAGCAGCAGACUGCGAGCCAGCCCAAAGUCGAGCGCAGCUCAGCACUGCAGCAGCAGCAGCUACAGCGACUACAGCAUCAACUUCGGCAGGAGCAGCAGCAAGCUCUGCGGAAGGGAAGCGAGGCAUCAGGAGAGCCCAGUAACUUUGUUGCUGCUUGUGACUGCUUUGCUACUGUUUACGCUGUUGCUGGCGACAGUACUUUGCUUUCAGUGAGCAGGGAUCAGCGUCAGCAGCAGCAGCAGCAGCAGCAGCAAGCAGAAGGGGCGCUGCUGUUGAGCGUUCUGGCGCUGCUUUGUGGGGGAGUGGAGCCCGCAGACAACAGAAGCGAGGGAAGCACCUACAAUAGUUACAGCAGCAGCAGCAGCAGCAACGACAGUGAUGAGCGAGACUUGCUACUGCUGCUUCAAGUGCUCCCUCCUCCUGCCCUGCUGCAGCUGCAGCACGCCUCUACUGCAGCGUCGUGGCGCUUCCGCAACAGCAGCAGCAGCAACGACGGCGCUGUCUGCCCGAUUGUAAGGAGGCAGCUGUCUACAUCCUCAGCAGCAAAAGGAGAUACAACGCUGGGAUGGGAGUGCAGCAGCAGCAGCAAAGGCGAGAAGCUGCUGUCGCCCUGCAGCAGCUGGGAGCCUCCCCUGAAGUGGCGACUCUUUGCCUCUGCGCUGCAGCAAGCCCUUUGGCAGCCGCAGCAGCAGGACUGCAGCGACAGCAGCAAAUACACCGCGGCUUUGUUGCUGCUGCUGCAGCAGCAGUGGGAGGAUCUGCUGCUCUUUCGAGGCCUUUGCGGCGGGCUAUACGCGGAGCUGCAGCAGGAGGACUGGGGUUCUUUGCUGCUGCUGCACGUGCAGCAGCAGCAGAAGCCAGAACUACAGCAACAGCAGCAACAGGUUCCACAGUACCAGAUCUUCCUGAGGAUGCCUCGAGGACUCGGUGACGAGCAGCAGCGGCAGCAGCAGCAGGGGUGGGUUGGCUGCAGAGCGCUCUUGCGACCUGCUGAGCUCUUGCAGCUUGUGCGUCGCCUGUCGCUGCUGCAGCGCAUGCAAAGAAGACGCCGCGCAGCUUCUGCUGCUGCCUUAGCCGGCAGCAGGAGCAGCAGCAGCAGCGCCGCCGAUGCCUGGGAGUGGGAGCUGCUUGACCUGCAUCCUGUGCGCAAGCACGGAGGCAGCAGCACUGGCUGCAGCCAUGGCAGCAGCAGCAGCAGGAGCAAGGGGAGCAGCAGCUUGGCCAGCUUCGAACUAGUGAGCGAAGAGCCAGCUACAGCAGCAAGGCAGGCUGAUCCGGCUGCUGCAGUUGCUGCGGCAGCUGCAGCUGCUGCAGCUGCUCGCCUUGCAGAAGGAGCAGCUUGCUCUGUUUUGCAGCGCGGUGGAGAGGAACUGCUGCUUCUGCAGCACGCUGCAGCAGCAACAAUUGUUACGGACCCUCCGGCGAUGUGCAGAGCUGUCAUGCAGCAGGUGCUGCUGCACUCUGCAGCCCCGGCUGCUGCUCCCUUGCCGCUGCUGCUGCUGCUGUGGCAGCGGCUGCUGCAGUGCUACCCCCAAGCGCUGCAGCUGGCCAACAACAUGAGCAGCCACGACGCCCAUUUGCUGCGCGACUGGUUUUCUGUGUCACCCCCAGCGGCGCCGGCAGCAGCAGCAGCAGCAGGAGCAGCAGCAGCAGGAGCAGCAGCACCACAAGGGGUCUACUUAGAAGGAAUUGAGAUUGCAGUGGCUCUGCUGCAACAGGGCGGCGGGCUGCUACCAGCGGCUCGCUGCCUUGCCCUGAAUGUGUUGCUGCUGCUGCUUGCUGCAGGCAGGCAGCAGCAGCGGCUGCAACGGCAACGCCUUGUGCAGCUGCUGCUACAGUGCGGUGGACAUUCUGUGCUGCUGCUGCUGCUGCGCGCAUUCGUGUCACAGGAGCUGCUGCAGCUCCACUCCAAGGUCUGCGAGCAGCAUGAGCAACGCGGCGCAGCCCUUAGCAACGACAGCAGCAGGAAUCGGCGCACGAGUGCCUUUCUGGCGACGGAGGCUUUGUUGUUGCCGCCUGUUUGGAAGGCAGCAGCGGAGCCAGCAGCCGCAAAGGCAACAGCAGCAGCAGCAGCAGCAGCUGCUGCUGCUGCUGCAGCAAGAACUGACGUGCGCGCGAAUAUUGGCAGCACUGACUGCGACAAUCUGGCGGCUCCCAGUCAAGCAGCAACACGGCGGGACUGCGGCGCCAGUCACUGCAGCAGCAGAUGCAGCAGCAGAGCGAGCAGCAGCAAAAAGAGGACCAGCAAGGGCAGCAGCGGCAACGGAAGCACGCGGGACAGCAGCAGUAGCAGAGCGAAGAGGAAGACUCUUCGACGCUCAGCUGUGCACAGAACGAGGCUCUCGCCCUUGAGAGCACAGCCGCAGCAGCAGCAGCAGCAGCUAGAGCAACAGCAAGAGCAGCAAGAAACCUUAUUGCUGCCGUCCCUUCUAAGUACUAAGGUUUCUGAAAAAUACUCAGACUGUUUGACCUGCAGCCGAGGCAGUAGACGCGGCCACAGCGUGUGCAGCAGCAGUAGCAACACCAGCAGCAGCAGUGGCACAGGAAAGCGCAGCAAGCGCAGCAACGGCAGAAGAGAUCCGCACGUGCUUCAUGGCAUGAAGAGCGUUGAAGCAACGGCGGCAGCAGCAGCGGCAACAGCAACAGCAGCAGCAUCUCGGUGCGGCCGGCCAAUCGCGAAGAAGCAACACUUAGCGCAGCAGCAGCAGCAGCAGCAAACAGGCUGCACCUUGCUACAGCGGCAGUGGCUGCAGCGCGGAGCGGGUGCUGGGUCCCUGGAUGGUGCAGAGCCGCUUCAGCAGCACCAUCAUGAAGAGCACCAGCAGCAACAGCAGGAGCAGCAGGGGCAGCAGCAGCAGCAGCAGCAGCAGAAGCAGCAGCAGCCGCAGCAGCAGCCAUUGCUGCUGCUACCUCCUGAAGCAAAAUUUGCCGUUGCAAGGAUCUCUCCAGCAGAAGCAUCUGUCUCAUUGCGGGUGCUAUUUCUGGGGUGUACGUACAGCUCAGCGCUUACUCGCCACCUGUGCUGCAGCCGCUGCACACUGCAGCAGCUGCUGCUGCUGUUACUGUUGCCGCAGCAGCAUGAGCGGCUGGCAGUCGGAGCAUCGAAGUUACUGCUGCUGCUGCUGCGCCGAUACCCAGCUGUCUCUCUUUUGCUUCUACAAGAGGCAGCCCUGCCAAUCUGCUGCGCUGCUGCUUCCAGACUAGAUUUGGGCGCUGCGAGCAGCAGCAGCAGAAACUGCAGCCUAAAGGAGAGCAGCAGCAAGCAGGUGUCGUGGCCAACGAGCUGCAGCGUAUCUUCGGGGCUUGCUACUCGGGUGGCUGCAUGCAGAGUGCUGCGAGGCGUUGCUGCUGCCCUCAACGCUAUAAAGGUGAGGCCCAGCAGCAGCAGCUGCUGCUGCAACGGCAGCUGCAGGGAAGAGAAGGAGGGCGACGCCUGCUGCUGCUGCUGUUGCUGCGGCGGGUCGGCCUUAGGCACACAUUUCCUAUGCCGGCUCCUGCCGAGUCCCCUUGUCCGUUUGCUGCACUGCGAGGCUUCGCUGGCGCUGACUGCUGCAGCAGCACCAGACGCAGCAACAGCAGCAGGAACACCUGUAAAACCAGAAGCAGCAGCAGCAGCAGCAACUCGGCGUGCGCAGCGCGGGCCUGUAGCACUGGCGGAUCUGUUCGCCUUCUGUGCUGCGGGGGGCAGUGUUGAGACACCCCAGCUCAUUUGGAACAGCACCCUUCAGCAACAGCUGCUACAGCAGCUCUGCGAGCCCAUCAGCAACUUGCUGCAGCGGGAAAGCAGCAGCAGCAGCAGCGAGGAGGCGCACGGAGAGCUCAGCUUUGCAGCAGCGCUGGGGGUGUCUCGAGAGCAGACGCACCACAUUGCAGUAGGGGCAUCUACGACCAGCGCUGCUGCAAUGCCUGCUGCAGCAGCAGCAGCAGCAGCAGCUGCUGCUGCUGCUGCUGCGAAAGUGGCUGGCAUGCAGCGCUGUGCUCUAGUGCAUGUGCAGCAGCCGCAGCUGUCGCUGAUGUUGGUGGCUGGGACACUUUUUGUGGCUGUCACGCUACGCAGGGCUGAGGACCUGUGGGGCCGUCUGCUGCAGCAACUGAAGGAGCACCAGCAGCAGCAGCAGCAGCAACAGCAGGAGCUUGAGAAAUCUCGUCGGACCUGGGGCUCUCUCUGCCCCUACCACAACAUAGAAAAACAGCAGAUGCAGCAACUGCAGCAGCAGCACAUACAGCAGCAGCAGCUCUUGAGUGAUGCCCAGCAGCAAGUGCUCCAGCAAGCCAGCGACGGCGUUGCAGAUGUUUUUCAAGAGGCAGCAGCAGAGGCAGAGACAGCAGCAUUUGCGCAAGCAGACACAGCAGCAGCAGCACAAAUGGACACGGCAGCAGCAGCAGCAAAAGCAACAGCAGCAGCAAUAGCUUCAACGUAUGAAGCUUCGCUGCACUUGUGGUGUCACUCGGCUCUGCAGCAGCAAGACGAAGUGCUCCUUGAGCUGGCGCUGCUACCGCUGCGACGCCAACGGCCGCCCCAGCUGCCGCACAAAUGUUGGCGCGUACCGCUGCAGCAGCAGCCGCAGAAGCAGGAGCAGGAGCAACAGCAGCAGCCGCGCCCCGUAGUGCUGCUGCUGCAGCUGCUGCGUUGCUUCCGCGUGCAAUUUGAAAGAAUGAUGCAGCAGCCAGGAACAAACAGCAGCAGCAGCAGCAGCAGCAGCGGACACAGCAAAGCCAUUUGCUGCUCAAGGCGGCUAUGCAGCGAUCUGGAUUUAAUGCAUGUGCUACGCCUUCAGCAGCUGCUUUUGCUGCUGCUUCCGAACAUCUUCGCGCGGUGCAGCUACAGCAGCAGCCCCUUGAGGAAAGCAGCGGGAACGGCAGCAGCGCCAGAAGCCGGAGAGGCGGAUUGCUGCUGCGGAGUCUGCUGCUUGCAGCAGCAGCUGCUGCAGCAAAUCAAGUCUGUCCUCCGUAGCCGUUGGCUGCUGCCGGCCGCGCUGCUGCUGCAAUCAGUGCAGCUACUACAAGUGCUGCUGCUUCUAGGUCUGGCACAGGCAGCAGCAGCAACCUCACGCCCACUACUGCUGCAGCGGAUCCUCUGGUCAGGCGUCAUAGAGCUGCUCCUGUUGCUGCUGCAGGAGCUUCAGUACAGCGCCCAACAACAGCAGCAGUCCGCGCAGCAGCAGGCGCAGCAGCAUCAGAGCGAAAAGUAUUGGCUGCUGGAGCAGCUGCGGCAGCAUCUGCAGCAAGCAGCCGCUGCGAGCACUCCUAGGAGCAGCAACAGAAGCACGAGCAGCAGAGCUAGCUCGGGGACGAGCAGGCCCAGCAGCAGGAGCAGCAACUGCAGCAGAAGCAGCAACUGCAGCAAGAGCUGCAGCAGGAGGAGCGGCCUAGCGACAAAGAGCAGUGCAGCAACUGCCGACAGCAGCAGCUCCCCCGCAACUGGCUCUGCUGCAGACGAGGCCCACGGCCAGCAGCCGCAGGGACAAAAUAAGCAGCAGCAGGAGAAGCAGCGAGCCAGCUCCAGCAGCAGGCAGAUAAGUAGUUUGCUGCAUGAUGAUUCCUCCGAGCAGCUCACGGUGCUGUCGUUGUCGGCAUUUGCUGCCUCAUUUCCACGCAACGCAGCAACGCGUGGACAACAGCAGCAGCAGCAGCAGCAGCAGGAGACACACUUGCGUCGGACAGCUUUGGAAAUAGUCCAUUGCCUUGUUGCUAAUGCUGCGCUUGCCCGACAUGCUGCUGUGGCUGCCACCCCGACGUGGGCGAGCAGCAGCAGCAGCUGCUGCUGCAGCAGCGGCAGCAACGAAGGCAGCAGCAACUCGAGGCUCGCGGAGGCGCCUGCGGGCUUCAGCGACGCCGCGACGUCGCCCAGCAAAGGCAGCAGCAGCAGCAGCAGCGGCAACGGGAGUAGUAACGGCCUCGCCAGCUAUGGGAAAACCUGCACUACUGAGCUGCAGCAGCGGCGCCAGCUGCAGCAAAGGUGGCGGUGUUUGCGUCUUUUGUGCUGCUACACGCUAACUGAGGGCCUGUUGCUCCUGCUGGCAGAGGUGCACACGAGCAGCGGCAGCAGCAGCAGCAGCAGCAACGGCACUGUUUAUUGCUGCAGCAACUGCAUCGAGCUGCUGCUGCGCUGCUUGCUGCUGCUCUGCUCCGAGAAGUCUUCGCAGCUGCGACUGCUGCGCCAUGGGGUCCCUCUUCUGGUGCUGCAGUUGCUGCUGCUGCGCGGAGAUACAACUCCGCAGAAGCAGCAGCAGCAACAGCAUCAGACAGGCGAGCAACAGCAAGGGUCGCGUUGUGCCAAUGGCCCUCGCCUGGCAGCAACGGCAGCAGCAACAGCAGCAAUAGCAGAAGCAGCAAAACCAGCAGCAGCAGCAGCAGCAGCGGUGCAGCGCCUAGAGGUUCGCUUGCUGCUGGCGGAGGUCCUUGCUGCUUUCGUUGGCGUGGCACCCCGGUGCAGCAACUUUGCUGCAGUGGCUCUUGACUGUUGCUUCUCUGCUGCUGUGCCUGCUGCUACUACAGCAGUGGCGGGAACAACAGCAGGAACAGCAGCAGCUGCUGCUGCUGCUGUUGCUGCUGCUGCUCCUGCUGCUGACGCUGAGGUAGCUGUUGAGAAGACAGACAACAGACGCCACUGGAUUUGGCUGAGAGGAAACUCGCUUGAGUGGAAUCGCCCGAACAAGCAGGCAGUGAAGGCCCUUGCGCAGCUGCUGACGCCCGCAUUGCUGCUGCAGCUGCUGCCGCAGCAAAGACACUGUUGCGCCUGCGGCUGCCUUAGGCUGCUGCAGCUGUCUCUUCUGGAUGGCAGCAGCAGCAAGGGCGCUGCGGCCGCUGGACCCGCAACAGCAGCAGCGGCAGCAGCAGGCUGGACUCCUUCAGCUGCCUGCACAACUCAGCAGCUCUGCCGCUUUGUGCAUUUGCUGCUGGGGUGUUCUGACACCGCAGAAUGCGUCUGGGGCCCAUCGGCUCGCGAAGCAGUGCAUGCGGAGACAGCGCGCCAGCUGCUUCUCAGCCUGGCUGGCAUCGACAUGAGCCGCCCUGCAGCAGCACAGAUACCCAGUAGCAGCAGCAGCAGCAGCAGCAGCAGCGUAGACUGCAGCAGGAUUUUGCUGCCUGUGUGGCGCCUGGAGAGUUUUCUCGCUGCCGAGGGUUUUCACUAUCAGCACCCUUCUUUGCGCACCAACGAGUUCGUUGGCGGCCUGUACCUGAGGCCUUUAAGUGUGCAAAUGUGCAGACAGCAGCAGUCGCCUGCUGUCUCGCUGCUUGCAAGUCUCAAAGAAGGAUGCAGCGGCAGCAGCGGCAGCAGCAGAGGCAGCAAGGCAGGGUUCUGGGGCAGCAGCAGUUUCGCGCUGCGGCAGGUUGCUGCUACGCCUGCUGUCUUCGCAGCAACGCUGAAAGCUUUGGUUGACUCGGUGACCGCAGCUGCUGCUGCGCCUUAUGCAGCUGCUACGCCUUCUGCUGCUGCUACGCUUUCUGCUGCUGCUACGCCUUCUGCUGCUGCUGACCAGCAGCAGCACGGAGAAGAGAGCUCACCAGCAGCGUCAGCUGCAGCCACAAAUGCAGCAGCAGCAACAACAGCUGUUGCAGACAAUCCCUUGUACCAGCGCGUCGUUGGCGUUGUUGCCGUGCUGCAGCAGCGCCUCGCGCUGCUGGGCUCCCACUGCAACAGAUGGCAGCAGCAGCGGCAGCAGCAGCAGCAGAGGCAGCACGAGGCGGCGCAGCUGCAAAUUUGGGGCAGCGGCAAACAACAACGUACGGUUUUGUUGAUGCCACUGCUUCAGCUGCUGCUGCAGCAACUGCAGCAGCAACCGUCGCCUCUUCUGUGCGAGGCUGUUGUUGCUGCGCUGCGGGCUGGCGUGGAGCUGUGCAAGACCAGCCCACUCGAGGACCGGGAGCUGGGCGCCGCGGCGUUUCUGAAGGCGUUGGCCCUCGCUGCCAGCAUCGCCGUGCGGAGUAUUAUGGCGAAUGGCCUGCUGCAGCAGACUGUUAGAGGGAAUGCAUGGCAGCAGCAGAAACAGGAAAAGUGUUCAGCAGAAGCAGCAGCAGGCUGCACCUGCGAGAUGUUCCCGGCUUCCUCGCGCUGUUGCUUGCUGCUGCUGCUGCCACUGCUGUGGGACUUGCUGCAGCCUGAAGCAGCAGCCGCGGCAGCAGCAGCAGAGGGCGGCGCAACAGAAGCAGCAGCAGUUGCUGCCAUGCUGGAGUACACGGUCAGCAGCACCGGCAUUGGCAUGGUGCUGCUGCUGCACCUCAUCAGGCACGCAGGCCAGCAGCAGCAGCAACAGCAACAGUGCUGCACUGCUGCUGCUGAAGCAUAUGCUAUAAGCUUUUACUCGACGCAACUCCUCGCGACAUUGCUGCGAAGCACGCAGCAGCAGCAGCAGCCGCAGAAGCAGAUUGUGGCAGCGCAGCAGAGCCCGCUCCCUACAGAGGAAGCAUCCACUUUGCUGCUACUCUUGUGGGUCGGCGGUGGCUUAUUUGCUGCAGCAUCAAUUGCAGCAGCUGCAGCAGCAGGUGCAGCAGCCGCAGCAACAGCAGGUUCUAAGCUGCAGGCAGCACCUUCUGGGGGACGCGCAUGCCUGCGGCUGCUGCAGCAACUGUGGCUUCAGCAGCAGACACAAAACAGCUGCCCCAGCGCCUUCAACAAUGCGCAGCAACAGCAGCUGCAGCAGCUGCAACGAGUGCUGCUGCUGCAGCUCCAGCUGCUGCAGGCCGCAGGCGCAGCAGCAGCUGCUGUUGCAGGGCCUGCUGCUGAACUCUCGGCUGCCCGCGAGGCGCUGCAGCUCAUGUGCGCAGAAGGAAAACAGCAGCAACUGGAGGUUCUCACAGCAGCGCUGCAGUGGCAGCAGCAGCUGCUGCUGCAGGAUCUGCAGCAGUGGCGUCGUGCUACAAGGCAAUCAGCAGCGCGGCAGCAGUUGCUGCACCACUGCCGCACAAGCUUGACGAGCCUGACGCGUUGCUGCAGCAGCGGCAGCAGCAGCAGCGGCAACUGGAGCUGCAGCAGCAUGUAUGCACCUGUUGAAGGACCGGAGGAGGCCUGUGGAGAGCAGCGGCAGCAGCGGCUGCUGCUGCGGCAGCAGCCCCCCGCAGCAGGGACAGCAGCAGCUUGGCUGCUGCUGCGGACGCGUGAAGUGCUGCUGGCAGACCAGCAGCUUCCUCUCCUGCUGCCAGCGAAGCCGCAUCUGUUGCUGCUGCGUCUCUAUAUGCAGAAAUCAGGCCGGAGCGUGGAAAGAGACAUAGAGGUGCUCUUGCAACUGCUGCACACCAUACGCCAGCAAAUGCAGCUGCAGCUGCAGCGACUGCAGCAGCAGCAGCAGCAGCAGAGCGACGACUCCCCAACCGUGGCAGAUGCGGCUGCAAUUUACUGCAGCGGCGCAGCUGCUGCAGCGGAAGCACUUGACCAUUUGCGCUGUGGUGGCUUUUCUGUGAGCUCUUUGGCUGCUGCUGCAGCAGAAGCAGCAGAUGCGAUAGAAGCAGCAGCAGCUGCUUCUGAUGCUGGAGCAGCUGCUGCAGAAGCAGCCGCAGAGGUGGGAAGGCUUCUCCCGGGCACUGCUUCUUCCUCUGGAGCAAUCAGUGCACCUGACUUAAUCAGUCCACAGCAGCAGCAGCAGCUGCUGCAGCAGCAAUUGCAGCAACAGGGUGAAGUGCAGCUAGACUUAGCGCGCUCGGCGUGGCGCCGCAGGAAGCUUUCCGAUUCGCUGGCUCUGAGCAGCAGCUGCAGCAAGAACAUGAAGCGCACUGCAAGCAAAAGUAGCAACAGCAGCAGCAGCAGCAGCAGAAAGCGUCGGCUCAGCAGCAGCAGCAGCAGAAAGCGUCGGCUGAGCAGCAGGAGAGGCUCAAAACACCUUAACGGUAGUGAUGGCGAAGGAGAAGCAGAGGCUGCUGCUGCUGCUGCUGCUGCUGCUGCACAGCACUGGAACGUCCCCGGCACUGUCCAAGCUUUGCUGUACGCUUUCGCCCCACGCAGCAGCAGAAACUCUCCGGACCGUCAACAGCAGCAGCAGCUGCUGCUGUUGCAGCAGCAAAACAAGCAUUGGCGGUCUGUUGCUGUGUACAAGGAGGUGCUGCACUGCAUGUGGCAGGGAAUUGCGCUGCUGCUGCUGCAGCAAGAUAGCCCGUGGGGGCUGCUGAAGUCGCGCAGCAGCAACAGCAGCAGCAGCAGCAGUAGCGGGAUUUGCUGGUGCUGUGGAGAGACACAGGAGCGCUGCUGCUGCCAAGACACUGGAGCAGCACACAACGUCCCCCCUUGUCUUCCUCUCUCCCCUGUUGGUGCUGCACCUGCUGCUGCUGCUACUGCUGCUGCUACUUCAGCGCCUGCUGCUGCUGCUGCCUCUUGUGUUUCUGACGGAGCAGCAGAAAUGACUGAAAGAGCAGCAGCAAGCGUAUCCGGAAGGGGCGGUGUAGAGACGCUGCAAAGGGCCACUGCAGAAGCAGCCGAAGCAGCAGCAGCAGCAGCAGGAAUGCUGUGGCAGCAGCUGCUUCUGCAGCUGCACUUCGCUGCGCUGCUGCGAGAAGAGACUUUGAAGUUGCUGCUUCUGCUGCUAGACACAGCAGCGGCAGCAAGCAUUCUCACGCUGUUGCAGCAGCCUCCAAAAGCUGCUAUGACUCUGCGGCAGCAGCAGCAGCAACAUGUCUUGCUGGUUGCCCCGCUGCUGCAGUUGCUGCAGGAAGAAUCCACAAGGGUUUUAAGGCCACUUUGCCGAGCUGGAGCCUGCUGCAGCAGCAGCAGCAGCACGAAGCUUCCAACUCUCUGGCUCUCAGCUCUGCGUUCCGUGUUUGUGCUGCUGUGUCUGCUGCACAGCAGCGGCACCUGCGGCCGCAGCAGCAGCAACAAAUACCUGUAUGGGAGGAUCGCUGCAGCAGCACUUGACUUGUGCCGGCUUGAAGGCGACGCUGCAGCGACGGAAGAGCGGCCGCAGAGCGCAGCAGCAGCAGCUGCUGCUGCUGCAGCAGUUGCUGCUGUUGCUGCUGCUGAAGCGGCUGAAGAAACGGAGGAGGAGACGCCUCAGGAAGGCAGUGCUGCUGGCACUGCUGCUGCUGUUGGCGCUGCUGCAAGAGGCGCUGGGGAGAAGCUGCAGCAGGCGGGAGUGCUGCUGCCUUUGGUGCUUCUGGCCGCUGGCGCAAGCAGCAGCAGCAGCAGCACAGACAGGAACAGUACAUGCAGCAGCAGCCUACGCAGCAGAGGCACAGCAGAGGUUUCAACGAGGAGCAGCAGCAGCAGCAAGGAGCCAUACUGCUCACCGUGCUCGAUCUCGGCCAUUGUUGCAGCAGCAGCAAGGGCAGCAGAUACAGGAGCAGCAGACGCUGCAGCAGCAGCAGCAGCAGUAGCAGAGGCAGCAGCCAAGGGGCAUCUGUCAAGACUGCGGAUGUGGGGUGUGCAGCUAAAGGCAGCAGCAGCAGCUCUGCGCCUUUGCAAACUUUUGCCAUCAGCAAAAGAGGAGUUGCUGGAGCUGCUGCGCAGUGGAUGCCUGCUGCAGCAGCAGCAGCAAAGAGGCUCCGAGGCUAGUGCUGCAGUUGUCUCGGCAGCAGCGCUGCUUCUUCGAAGCACCAGCAGCAGCAGCAGCAGCGGGGAGUCCCUGCUGCAGCCGGCGUCACUUUCUGAGGCGUCGCUGCUGGUUUGUCUUCUUUCACGUGCAGCCGCUGCUGCUGCUGCUGCUCCGGACGGAAGCAGCAGCAGCAGCAGCAGGGAGCAGCAGUCUUCGGCUGCUGCAGUGCGACAGCAGCUGGCUGCUGUGUCAGCUGUAUUCAUAUCUCUCUUUAGUUAG